ACGUCAAAGAACGAAAAAGAAGAAGAAGAAGAAGAAUAGUAGUUAUGCAGGAGUAGUGAGAAUGAAACUCUUGUGACACGUUUGAAGUCGUACGUGUCGUUCGUUUACACAAGGAACGAUGUCGAGUGUUCUAGCAAGGACUUUAUUUUAUCCCACACUCGCUUACAAUGUUGUCAUGGAAAAGAUCACUUCCAGGCAAUGGUAUAAUCGCGUGGAUCCUACUGUCAUUCUUGGUGCUCUUCCAUUCAGGUCAAUGACAGAGGAGUUGGUCCAAAAAGAGACAGUCAGAGGAGUCAUUACUAUGAAUGAAGAAUAUGAGACAAAAUAUUUCUGCAAUUCAGCUGAGGAGUGGCAAGAUGUUGGCGUCGAGCAGAUCAGACUCAGCACAGUGGACCUGACAGGUGUUCCCAGCCUAGAGCACAUUCACAAGGGUGUGGACUUUGCCUUGAAACAUCGAGAGCAGGGCACCAGUGUCUAUAUUCACUGUAAGGCUGGCCGCUCACGCAGUGCAACUAUUGCAGCCGCAUACCUCAUCAGGCUGCACUGUUGGAGUCCAGAGGAGGCCUGUAAGGUGCUAGCCUCAGUCCGGCCUCAUGUGCUGAUCCGCUCAGCCCAGUUGGAGAUACUGCAGGAGUACUACAAGCAAGUGUGCGGUUCUGAGUCCAGCUAGAAGAUAUACAGUGUACAACUGCUGACAAUAAUGCUAAAUCUGAUAUACUGUACAGCCGUAAUACAUUGUUUUUCCUUGUUUGAGUGAAUAUUUUUCUAUAUAUUCUUUUAAGAAUUUGUGUACUGUACAUAAAAGCAGACUUAAAGCUAUAAUAACAUCCAUCUGGAUCAACAAUUACGUUGUGAAUAAAACAAUAUUGUUGUCAUUUCUAUUACCUCAGAUGUUUUAGACAGUGAAUUUACAAAUACUAUUUAUUUUUGAUUGAGUUAGUGAUGUAAUGUUUUUAAAGUGUUUUUUUUGUUUGUUUGUUUUUUUUUAAUCCAGAGCUUCUGACUGACAUAUUUGUACUGGGAGUUGUUAAAAAACUGCAUCUGGUAAUUUCUGUUUCUUUGUGCAUGUUAUCUAUAAGGCCAUUAUAUUUUAUAAUUGUAAACAAUAGGAAAUCCUGUCUUGGCAGCUUAAAAGAGCCAAUGCAUUUAAUGAAAUUUUUUAUGGCUAUAUACUAUAAAGAAACUGAGAGAGACCAUUUGCAAUACAUUUUAAUAAAUAUGAUGACAGACCUCAGUAUGUGAUGGUCUUUUUUUAGUGAAAUGCAGGGUCAGUGUUUUUAACCCAAGAAGGUGUACUGUGCCAUAUUUGAUACAUGAAUUCAAAUCAAAAUGUUGCUCAAACACCUGUUGUAUACAUCCUAAUCUACUACAUGCUUUCUGCCCUCUGACUGACAGAUUGAUAGUUCAUACGUUUUAGUAAGUAAAAUG